CGUAACAACACGUUUCCACAUAAUUUUGUGUGGUGUGAGAGAGAGCGAGAUCAAGGUUGAUCAAUUUUGUCUGUGUGGUAAUUUUCAAUGAUCUUAGCUUAUUAAUGUAUUAACUCUCUCAUGUUGUGAAACAACUGUCUUAGUUUGUGUUGAUUAUUUGCAGCCCAGCUGAAGUUUUGAGCUGAGUAUAUCCACUGUUGAAGUGAAAACAAAAGAAUUGGAUAAGUAUGACAGAUUGCAGUGAUUUAGACAGGCAAAUAGAACAGCUAAGAAGAUGUGAAAUUAUUAAAGAAAGUGAGGUGAAGGCACUUUGUGCUAAAGCCAGGGAAAUACUAGUGGAAGAAGGGAAUGUACAGAGAGUAGACUCACCCGUCACAGUUUGUGGUGACAUUCAUGGCCAGUUUUAUGACCUAAAGGAACUGUUUAAAGUUGGAGGUGAUGUGCCUGACACGAAUUAUCUUUUUUUAGGAGAUUUUGUUGACAGAGGAUUUUACAGUGUAGAGACAUUUUUAUUGUUAUUAGCACUCAAGGUAAGAUAUCCAGACAGAAUAACACUUAUCCGAGGUAACCAUGAAAGUCGGCAAAUUACGCAAGUAUACGGAUUCUAUGACGAAUGUCUUCGAAAGUAUGGGUCCAUAACAGUUUGGCGUUACUGCACGGAAAUCUUUGACUACCUCAGUCUGUCAGCAAUAAUUGAUGGAAAGAUUUUCUGUGUACAUGGUGGCCUGUCUCCAUCUAUCAACACACUUGACCAAAUACGUAUUAUUGAUCGCAAACAGGAGGUGCCUCACGACGGCCCUAUGUGCGACCUUUUGUGGUCCGAUCCAGAGGAUACACAAGGUUGGGGGGUAAGUCCAAGAGGUGCUGGUUACUUAUUUGGUAGCGAUGUCGUUCAGCUAUUUAAUGAGACUAAUGAUGUGGAGAUGAUAUGUCGGGCCCAUCAGCUUGUUAUGGAGGGGUAUAAAUGGCACUUUAAUGAAACAGUUUUAACAGUCUGGUCAGCACCCAACUAUUGCUAUAGGUGUGGUAAUGUGGCAGCCAUACUGGAACUUGAUGAACAUUUACAGAAAGACUUCACAAUAUUUGAAGCAGCCCCACAGGAGUCAAGAGGUAUCCCAGCCAAAAAGCCACAACCAGAUUACUUUCUGUGAUGAUGGUAAAUGUCAUCCAACUUUAUUAACUCAUCUUAAUUACUAAUCAAAUACCUUUUCCCAAUUACCAGGAAAAUAAGCGAUAACUCUUGAAAAAAACCAAUCAGAACUUCCCAUUCCAAACUCAACGUAGAGGUGAAAUUAUCUUGUGAUGUAGAAGAGUAGUAAUCACAACAUGUUGAGAAAUUUAGUUCUCAAGUGAUUAAGAUAAUUAGUAAACGCACUCUUUUAUUGGUCCUAUUAUUUUUUACUUCAAAUCUGAAUUAAAACCCUUUCAGGUAUACUCUAGAUUUUGACAGAAAAGAUUUUUAAUGAUGUUUCAGAAGGUGAAGACGGGUAAAUUACAAAAAUUUUUAAGUACAGAAUAAAAUUGCCAGUGGCACAUAAUGUAAUGUGUGCUUGUAAUUCUAUGCAAUGGUUAAACGUCCCUUGGAAUCAAUUUUACCAAUGUGCUUACCUGGAUAAGAAUGGUAGAGUCUUAAAUCUUGAUUUUUCUCUUCAUUGAUUUUGGUUGUACCAUUGUAGCUUUAGGGGAUAUUACAUCUGUUCCUUUAUAAAAAAAAAAAAUUAUACGUUGAGUAUUUCCAGAUUAUGAAAUAGGUGCGCAUUAUUCCACCAAUAACAAAGAAUCUGAUAUUCAUGCAGAUUUGUUUUAUUAGAAUUGAAAUUGAUGGCAGAAACAUGGUGAAAUUUGCACAAGAUUUUAGUCCAGUUAUGUUUUUUUUAGUGAACAUGUUUUAUUGUGAGUGAGUAUUGUUUUUUUUUAUAUAUGUAUAUGUGUAUGAUUGAAGGUUUUAUGGUGAGUCAGCAGGUUUUGCCAAAGAUUUCUCACUGGCUCCAAUUGGUCGGAAGGGCCUCAGUGUGUAUUAGAAGGAAAGAUUGACCAUGAAUAUUAUUAGUAACAUAAUUUGUUGUAAGAACUCAAAAUAUUGGACUAACCAAACAAAGAAGUCUGGUGAUAUAAAAUUCAUGGUAAUGGGUGUUUCAAUAUAGGUACAUUAUAUUCAUAUAACCUUUGUGCAUUGGUUUUCAGUUUGUCAUACAAGAUUACAACCGUUUGAUCUUAAUAAAGAGAGAUGUGAAUUGAUGGGAGGGGGUGGGGAGCGAUGAUAUGGAAAUGGAGCUGAGAGAAAUGGAUAUUGGAGGGUAGUGAUGGUGGAAAAUGGAUGAGAGGUGACAAGUUAAGCACAGCAGUCACUGUAUAUCAUUACUGCAUUUUUAAACCUUGUCCAGCUGUUUUUGUCAAAGAAAUUUGAUAGUGUGGACAAAACUUUAGUUUUCUUCUUGUACAUUGAUUUUUCUUGUUUACAUUUACCACCUCUAUAGGAUUCUGUAGCAGCAGUUUUACUUUUGAAAUGCAAGGAAAGGCGCUGUAUAAAUUACUAUUACUUUAAUAUUUUAAUACUUCAGAUCAUAUGAAAUGCCUGAAUAUAUAGUGGGCUCAAAAGUAUGCAGGCUGUAUAGGGCUUCAUCUUUAUCAUCAUUAUUGCCAAUUACUGCAUCUUAUGAUUAUCUUAAUCAUUUAUCACUGUUAUCAUCAUUACCAUUAUCACUAUUAUUAUCAAAAUCAUAUCACAAUUGCCAAAAGCAUCACUGUCCUUAUCAUCAUCCAUCAUCACUUUGACAUCAUCAUUGACAUCAUUAUCAUCAUGAUAACAUCAUCAACAAUGACAACAAUAUCAUCAUUAUCAUCAGCAACAGCACGAUCGCCAUCAUUAUCAGCAUCAACAUAACAACAAAAUCAUCAUUAUCAACUUCUUCAUCAUUUUAAAACUCUCAAAAAUGUCCCAUAUUAUUGGAUACUGGCUACUACCUUUAGAACAUAAGUUUGAUCCUAUCAUUUCCAUUACUGGUAUUUCAUAAUUUUAAAAUAAAGAAAAUCCUUAUUAUGUUACUGGAAUAUUGAUCAUCAUAGGUCAUAUGUAACCAUGCAUUUGAUUGCGAGAUAAAGACAAAAGAACAGCAUAUUUGUCGGUUUUAUGUUUUGUUAGUUUUAAAUAUAGAGUCUAAUCCUUAAUAUUCACUCUUAAAUUCAUUUCAUUUUUUUGGCUUUUCAAAGUGUCAGAAAUCAACUUUUACCUUUGUCACUGAAAUUGAUGGUGGAAACUGAGAGCAAAAUGUUCAGUGUGAUGGAUUCGUUCAAAGUGAAUGUCAAAAGUUUAACAGACUUUAUUUUAAUUAAUUACUUCAGCUAUUAUUCCCUGUCCACACUGUUGCAUUUUACAUGGCAAUGUUGUGUGAUGUGCCCAUAUAUAGACAUGAUGAUUUUAUACUACAUCCAAAGAUGGGUAUAUCACAUUUAUUUGUCACAUCAAAUUUGAUGGGGUUGACAAAGCUUGUAGUUUCUGUGAUUCAUCAUGAAGUGUGUUUUUUGUUUUUGUUAGUCAUAAUCAAGUGGAUUUGAACCUACAAUCCAUAAAAAUUAAUAUGGUUGAUUAAAGAAACAUACAAUUGCCACUUUCUCUAAUUAUGUGCAUGUUGGCAUUUGUCUUAAAAUUGAAUAUUCUUUUGUAUCUUAUAAUACAGCGUUUGUGUUGUCAGUUUUGAAUAGUGAUUGGAAUUGGAAGCAGUAAAGAUAAGGGUGCAACAAUUGUAUGUUAUGAAAUCAUGAAUAAGAGACGUUGAUUGUGAUAUUGUAAGCAAUGUGAAUAUGUUAUGGCGAUUUAUUCUAUUUUAAGAAUCUAAAAUUAGUAAAUUUUAUUCCGUAAGCUUGCAUGGCACAACUCGGCUACACACACUACUGCACUCAAAAUUUUCAGUGCAAAUUCAGCUUUUUGAAAAUCACUGAAAAAUUGUUUACACAUGAGCAGAUUUUGCUGAGCUUUUUCCACAAUAGGUUGGUACUUAACAUAAUUUGUAUGUAGUUAACUUCACCUGAGUACAAUCACAUUUGCUUGUGUGCAUUUGGUUUCUAAAUAUACUUGGUAAGUUUACCUUUAACAAUUAAACUCUGUAUAAUCCUCCUUAUCUCACAAUUUACAAUUUAACAAUAUUGAUAUUUGUAAAAAAAAAUCUUUAAAAUAGUGAAUUUUCAUCAGUUUAUUUAUUUGUACGCUAGAUUUUGACCCCUUCUAAAAACUGAUAAAUGCGAUAAGCUUUGAAGAUACUUGAAUGCCAAAGAUUGGGAAAAUUUGUAGAAUGAUUUCAAUAUCUCCCCUACCAUUAGUAAUGUUGUUGAAAUUUAAAAUUUGUAUAUCACUUCAAUAAUUAUGAUCCAGAUCAUAUAAACUGCAGAUUAACCCUGUCUUUAAAUUAAUUGCAAAAAAUUAUUUAAUUUACUUGAUAUUAAUUCAGAUCAUUGAAAUUUCAGCACAUUUAUAUAUUCUUAAAUAAAUUGUUUGCAUUAAAUUCAUUAUUCAUAUUAAAUUUAUAAACUGAAACUAGUAAUUUAUUUCUCAGUUAAACCAAAAUUAAUAAUUUGCAGAGAACUUUUCAUUGGCUAGUAAAUAAAUUUAACAUUUUUUUUCCAUUAUUACUCUUAAGUCAACCUGUUAAAUCAGUAUUUUUUUUCUGUUUUAGUAAAAACAGGUUAGUAUAUAAUCUUUUAAUGAGCAGUUUAUUGUUUUAACUGAAUGUUCCUAAGUGUUUUUUUCGUAGAUGUAAUCACAGUAUCUCUGUAAAUUGUGCACUUAAUUUAAACAUUUAAAAAUAAAACUACUGUGCCAUUUCCUUACAGUAAUGAGAUAUUUUUAACUGGACAUCACCACAAUUUGUGUGUGCGUUCGGUUUUCCUCAAUAAGAUACCAAUAUUUGUCAACUUUAUCUGGGCUUCAAGAAAUUGAUUUGACAGAUGUAGAGGUUUAAUGUCACUGAUAUAUAUUUAAGUAUGCAAGUUAGACCAAAUCAAAGCCUAAUGCGAUUAAAUUUGUGGUAAAGCUCUUGUAGUGUACACAAUGAUCAAGUGUAUAACGCCUGCUAUAUAUAACAUUAUAUUGUAUUUCAUGCACAGUGUUCUAUUGUCAGUUUUAAAAAUAUUGUGUCUACUUAAGUUUAAAUCAGAAAUAUAUUUCUAAAGAUUUGAAAUUACCAUUUUAUUUGUAUAUUAAUUUAAAUGUUUGUUGAUUCUUUUUUAUUGCAGCAUUUCUAGUUUCAUGCACAAUAUAAAAAUAACAAUUACUUGUAUUGUCCACUUUGAAUUAUCUAUGAGUUAGUGUUUAUUAUAAUUGAUAGAUCUGCUAAGGUCAUGUAUUGCAAACAUCGGUCAGGUUUAAAAUGCCUUCAAUCUAUUUUAUUGUUGUAAAGUGCCCCAAGUUAGUUUACAUUUGCACAUUACCAAAUGCUUUGUUAUUUUGUAUCAGGCAAUAUACUUUUUUCAAUAGCAUCUUCAAAAUAGUCAAUCAUUUGAACACCUUAAAAUUUAUAUGCAUCCCAAUUUGAAAUAUUCCAUUUUCUCUAUUUAAGAAAUAUUUUCUCAUUUCCCAUAAUGUUGGUAUUAUAUUUGUGAAAGGCACAGUAGAUAAAUACAGAUAAAGGGUCAAUUGUUGAAUGUAACAUUAAUAAGAUCGACCAAUUAUUACAUACAGUAAUUAAUGUAUAAGAGUUUACAAAUUUAUGAGUGCUUGCUCUGUUAGAAAUUGAAAUUCAGGUGGUAGGAGUCUGACUUAUGGACAUUUGCUUCUGAAGCUCAACGUUUUAUCUGUGUCUGUUGAUAAAUUAUUGUUUAGUUUUGUCCAUUUUUGUAAGAAAAAUGAUAAAUUGAUAUGAAAAACA